AUGAGUGAAAAAAUCCGUGAUAUCGUGUUGGAUGACCCCAAAGUGAAAUUGCACGAACUAGCUGCGGCUGUGGGCAUCUUAUCCGGACGUGUGUUCAAUAUCCUACACAAACAUUUGAGUAUGAAAAAGCUAACUGCAAGAUGGGUGUCGCGAUUGCUAACAAUCGAUCUAAAACGUGAACGAGUUCGCAUUUCUCAACAUUGUUUGAACACGUUUAGGCGCAAAUCAAAGGAAUUUUUGCGUCGAUACAUAACCGUUGAUGAAACCUGGAUCGACCAUUAUACACCUGGUGGUGGAAUCGAAACAACAGUCGGCACAAUGAAUUCCAAAGGGUGGGAAAGUUCUGAAGCGACUAAAGACGCAACAAUCGGCUGGAAAGGUAAAGCAAUCACAGGACAAUAUUAUGCAUCAUUGUUGGACCGGUUGAAUGAUGAAAUCAAGAAGAAAAGGCCUCAUUUAGCGAAGAAAAAAAUUCUCGUUUAUCAAGACAAUGCAUCAGCUCACAAAUCGGUAAAAGCAAUGGCAAAAUUGAACGAAUUGAGAUAUGAAUUGCUCCCACAUCCACCAUAUUCUUCAGAUCUGGCGCCGUUUGACUUUUACCUGUUUCCAAAUCUCAAAAAUGGUUCCAGAGAAAGAGAUUUGCUUCAAAUGAAGAGGUUGAAUGGGAAACAGAUGCAUAUUUUGGCGGUUUAG